GGGACAUUUCUUUUAUAUAGGUGUAAGCAUGCCUUAAGUGGUAUGUACAUACUAUUGAAUAGAGACCGCAUGGAUAUUACGUACGUGCACAUUUACAUAGCUCCAUCUCCAAUAAAGUGAUUUUUAAAUAUAAGAAAGCGAGUUGGAUAACGUAAUUUAUAUAGGUUUAGCUGUAUGGAUUUAUAAAGUUCCUAUUUAUCAACUGGUGUGUUAAACAAAGUUGCGUUUGAAUAAACUUAAGUAGAUGUAUUACGCACUCGUAUAUUUCGUUCGAAUAAAGUGACAGAUUGUGGGAUACAUUUAUGAUAAAAUUCAUAAAAUAACCAAGCCAGUGAAGAUUUUGUGUAAUGAUCUCUAUAUACAUGAGCGGAUAAUGAUUGAAUAUUCAAAGUGAUCAUCAGUCGCGUUAACCUUUUGAGUGGUCAAACUGUACGGGUUAUAUUCUACAAGUGACAGAUAGCCUCAUUACACCGUGAUGAAUACGUAAAUAAUAGUGGCUUCCGCUGAAUUCGUCUCUUCGACGGAACUAGAAGAUUAAAGCAUCCAUUGAUGGCUAUGCAGCCUUAAUUUAACCAUUUUGCCAUUUCUGCAUAAUUGCCGGGAUUUUAAAUGCCAAUCAUAGACAACUUCCAUCGGAAACAAAACAAAUCUGUAUAAUGACAGGGGACGGUUUAAAAUAAUCAAGGGCGAUUUGAAAGGUUCUCGCAAAAAAUAAAUAAAAUAAUUGCAUGUAAAAUCUGCAUUGAAGGCACGCAACAGCUUUCGACACGAUAAAGUUUCAGUUCAUUGUGACUUCUAAAUACAGGACUGUAGAUACAGAUCGUUUGUUGCGAAAGAGCAAUAACGACCUUACUGUGCAAAUAUAUUGACGUACAUGCUUGCAUUUACAGAAUAUAUACCGAGAAUAAAACACGAAGACAUUUCCGCGAUUGGAAAUUGCAUGUUUAUAUGCUUAAACCGUCGUAUAAAUUAAUACCUUUCCACACCCACUUGAUAACUGGAUAUCACCAUGGCAACCGAUGGUAUAGAAAUGACGACGUGCAUAGAAGAAAGCGAGCCACUUAAUGAAAAUGGACGUGCCAACAUAAAGGGCAACAAAAAUAGCGACUACAGCGAGUCGGCACGAGGGCUGAUCAAACAUUUCAAGAACUCGACCUACAAUACCAUUUCCGGCGCUUCAAGAGGGGAGAUGCAGGAGUCGCCGUACGCAGACAAUCGGUGGGGCUCUGAGGAUGAUAUGCUGGAGUACGAGGACGGGCCUCUUUGCACUUGUGGUCCGUGUAAAAGGCGGCGCGCUCUGACGGGCCCCGAGAAGGGCCUCAUCGUGCUGGCGCUCGUUGCUUUUGUCGUAAUUAUUGUGCUCGCUGCGCACAUGGGUGGGAAGGAUGAGGUCAAAGUACCGCCGAAAUGCGAGUCCCCUGGCUGCCUGUCUGCGGCUAGUUCCAUCCUUUCUGCCAUGGACCCGAGUGCCGACCCCUGCGAGGAUUUCCACCAGUACGCAUGUGGUGGUUGGCUGCGGGAGACGCCCAUUCCACCCGGGUACCCCAUGUGGGACCGCUUCCAGGAACUAGCGUAUAAAAACUGGUUCAUGCUCAAAACAUUCAUCGAAACACACAAAAUGGAUGGAGGUGCGCAGAAGAAGGUGCGUGACUUUUACAGAAGUUGCAUGGCAGAAAGUCAAGUGUCGCGUGCAGAAACGCUCAGCGAAUUUCGAUCACUGCUCACCAACGUCACUAGUGGCGGCGGGGCAGGGGCGCUCCCUGGAGCAGGCACUACGCAUCAGAAAUGGGACAUGACUGGAACGCUACUGUCCAUACAUAAACUAAACACCUGGCCGCUAUUCCAAGUUAUGAUUGGACCGGAUGAAAGAAACCCGAACGUCAAUAUCAUUAAGAUUGAGGCUGGUCACUCGCCGUUCCCGUACAACAUCUUCAAACAGGAGGCCGAGAGGGCGCUCAAUGAACGCAGCUCAAACAACACAGACAGUGUCAACGGCACUGAUCCCGACGCUACAUCACAACCUCAAGUAAAUGGAACCAAGAUCGAAAUGACUGACAACAAGACAGACUCCACAAACCCUGAAUACAACAUCGAUACCACAGACACUCCUGAACCUACCACAACGAAGAAAGCACACAUUAAGGAUACGCAUCCACAUCCAACGGAGAAUGUAACCGAGCUGGUAAGAGACUACCUACGCGAGACGACAGAAUUGCUCCAGGCGCUCUGGGAUCAGACUAAGGAGCAAGCUGAAAAGGAGGCACAGAACAUCCUAGAGCUUGAAAAACAACUCUCGCUGGCUCAUGAUAUAGAACUACACAUCCACAACCGGACACAGGCAUAUAACGCCAUGGCUGUGAAAGAUCUGCAAUCUAAAUGCACUAUGAUCAACUGGUCGUCCUACAUAAACAGCCUCCUGUCGGCCGGAAGUGAGGCGGUCCCUGUCGUUAACCCGGAAACGGAAGUGAUAGUCCUACACGAGAAGGCGCUCGAACAAGUCUGUGAUAUUGUGCAUGAGUACUCAAGCAACGACGAGAAAAAGAGCAUACUAGAGAGGUAUGUUUUACUGGGCCUAGCAAGGUCCAUGAAGCCCUUCUUUGACCUCACAACAUUUCAACCCGAUGUCAACCACGACGAAGAAAUGGAGGCUGAAGGUGAGCAUUGGCGUCGCUGUACCUUUUACACCAACAAGGCCUUAGGACUCGCUACCGCUGCCGUAUAUGUUAACGCGACGACAAUCGACGCGUCUCUUGCUCAGAUAACAACCCUGGUAACGUAUGUGAAGAGGGCCUUCAAGGAAUACCUCCUGAGAAAGAUAUGGAUGGACACAAAGACAAGGGAAAAUGCCGAGAAAAAGCUGGACGAGAUGAUUGAGAAAGUGAGCUACCCGUCUUUCAUUCUCAACAACACUUUCCUUUCCGAGUUCUACACCAAUUUUACUAUUGGCAAUAACUGGUUCAACAAUUUGCUCAAAUGGAGAAGGUUUACUAUUACGAACAUGGUUAAUUCUCUGAGUAAACCGUUCGACAGACUUAAUAGCUGGAUUAACCCGCCAGUGACAGUAGAGUCGGACUACAGUCCUGUCAGGAACGAUAUAAUAUUUCCCAUUGCACUUUUCCACCUUCCCAUAUAUAGUCAUGAGGGGCCCAGCGCAUUGAACUUUGGUGCGAUUGGAUCAAUAAUAGGUCACGAAAUAACACAUGCAUUUGAUAUUCAAGGACGGCAGUACGACGGUCAAGGUCGUUUGCGAGACUGGUGGGAUCCUGUGACGGCCGAGAUGUUCAACGAGACUACCCACUGUAUGAAGGACCAGUAUGACCACUUUAAGAUAGGAAACAUGACGAUACACGGAGCUCAAACGUUGGAAGAAAAUAUAGCAGAUAAUGGUGGUUUACGAGCUGCUCAUAUAGCGUACGAGUUAUGGAUGAAGGAGCACGGUGAGGAGGAGCCGGUUGCAGGACUGGACCUUGACGCCAGACAGUUGUUCUUCGUCUCCUACGCCCAACUGUACUGCUCAAAGUGGACAAUGUCUGGAGUAACGGACUUCCUCAUGAGGGACGCACACAGUCCUGGUCCUUAUAGAAUCGAGGGUGCCUUAUCCAAUUCACUUGCAUUCCCUGAUGUGUUCAAGUGCUCUUACGUAGCGAAGUACAACCCGCCUACCAAAUGCAGAGUUUGGUGAAGUACCGACUAGAAUUGUAUGUACAUUCAUGAACCAUGCAAUGCAAACCUACAAGGCACCAUCAAAAUACAUUCUGAUUAUGAUUAUGAUGGUCGAAUGAGAUGCUUAUCAAGUGUUGUGUUGUGUGAAUUUGAAAGUGAACUAAAUCCAAAUUGUUUGCGGACUGCGUCGGCAGGGCAGAUAGAUCUCAUAUUAAAUAUUGAAUGGUAUACGGCGCCUUAUUGUUACGGCGUCUUCCUGGAGCAGAUGCUUCUUUUAUUUAAUGGCUGCGGAAGUGUGUGGAAUGUUAACAUUUGUUUCUGAUGUUGGCUUUGAGCAUAUCAGAUAAAACAACAGUCAUAGGUAUAUUUUAUUCUAGUGGACAGAUUUUGUUUAAAGUUACAAUUAAACAGACAGUUGAAUUGCACAUAUUUCUUUAUUCUGUUACACAAUCAUUGUGCUUGCUUUGACUUAUUUCAGAUACACAGCUGCUAUUUAGCUUGGAAGUUGUUUUUCACACAAAAUGUUCAUGACAUUCUUUGAUCAUAUUGUUUAUACACGCUAACAGUUCAAAUAAUCAAAGUAAAUUAUGCGCUUGUUAAAUUAUAAAAGUCCAUUUAAAGGCAUUUCUCUCUGACAUUGAAAUAUAUUCCAGAUGUGUAGUUUAGGUGCCUUACCGAUGAAUGUCUGUCUGUUAAACAUUGAAUAGAGCAAUUAAUGAAAUUGUAGUCAGUUCGUCUUUUCGUCCGUGUGUCUCUUGUUGUUUUUCUCCAAGUUAUAUAUGACAAUGCGGUGGUUGAUAUAAAGAUGGGGAGCGUAAAUGUUCUGACUAUUAUAUGUAUACUUGUCAUAUAAAAUAGUAUAUGAUGUGCACCCUUUAUUAUGUAUAUAUGUAAUUUUUAUAAUGUAUUGUUUUUUCUAUGCAUAUCAAGAUCAAAGAAUUUGAAGAUCAAAAUGGGAUACCUAUUGUAUGAUUGUGUUAAAUUCAUUUGGCGUCACAAAGUCUUAAAACUCUCCAUUCAGUACGGCCCAUAUUCACUUUUAUAACAUAAUAGCAGCAAUGGUAAAAUUGAUGCAUGCUUUUAAAAUAACAUAUUUUACAAUAAUUGGUAUCAAUAUUAGUUAUAUGAAGGAAACUUUGUAAUAUUUUAAACAUCACAUUACUGAGUCUUAGUCUCAAUUUCAGGCUCAAUAUGUUAGCAAAUAUGGGCCCGGUGGAUGAAUGUCAGAAACUAUUUGUUAAAGUGUUUAAUCAAAUGUUUUGUAUUUCUAACUUAUUUCAUUGUUUGUCAAAUUCGCUUUAUAAUGUUAAGCUGGUCGCAUGUAGUUUAAAUUGCUUUUUAAAUUCACAAUAAAUACACAACAUGCUCAA